AUGUGUGCCAUGUCCAAUUCUUUAAAUACAGAAGAUGAUAAUUAUUUGGGAGAGAUGAUAAUUAUUUCCGAAAAUGACUCAUCCAAUAAUUCAGAUUUAGAAGAUAGGCUACUUCAUUUGAAGGGACAAAUGUUGUACAUGGAAGAAUGGAAAAGCAUGGCUUAUUUAGGAACACCCGUCAUGAGGGAUCUAGAUGCCAUGCUACAUACUGGUUUAUAUAUCAACGAUCUGAGCAUGCAUGACUUUAGCAGAGAUAUGGUUUUGGCAGGCCAGCAACAAUCUGCAGAAUUGAAACUCGCCUUAGAUCAAGAACUCCAAAAAAGUCGGCAGCUAGAAGAAUCCAUGCGAAAAUUAGACAUCGAGAUGAAAAGAACAGACGAACUACUCUACCAGAUGAUUCCAAAACAAGUGGCAGAUAGGUUGAGGAGGGGCGAAGCGGCGGUAGACACGUGUCAGUAUUUCGACUGCGUAACGGUUUUAUUCAGUGAUGUUGUGACCUUCACGGAAAUCUGUAGCCGCAUCGCCCCCAUGGAAGUCGUAUCCAUGCUUAACUGCAUGUACAGCCUAUUUGACCAACUUACAGAAAAACACGACGUUUACAAGGUGGAAACAAUUGGCGACGCUUAUAUGGUGGUUUCUGGAGCACCGGAUCAGGAACCUUGUCAUGCGGAGAAGGUGUGCCACAUGGCACUGGACAUGGUGGAUGUCAUCGGAGGUCUUAAGGAUCCGUCUAACGGUGAAAGUCUUAGAAUCCGAGUUGGUAUUCAUUCUGGCGCAGUAGUGGCCGGUGUUGUGGGCCUCAAGAUGCCCAGGUACUGCUUAUUCGGCGACACGGUGAAUACAGCUUCCCGAAUGGAAAGUACUAGUGAGGCUUUGAAGAUUCAUAUUAGUGAAGAAACAGCGCAAAGACUUUCACCUGAUCAGUGGGAUAUUUCAGAAAGAGGAACGAUCAGCGUAAAAGGCAAAGGACUGAUGAAAACCUACUGGCUGAACGGAUACAAAGGAACACCACGUAAAAAGGCCUCUUUGGAUAUUGUUCCAGCCAUUCCUGAGCCAUCUCAUCCUUUUGGAGACUCUCAUCAAUAUUAUUCUCCAGUCACUUUGGGUGCCAACAGGGCCAGGGCAUUUUCAGUAGCCCCUUCUCUACUUUAUGGAUCUUCUAGUGGUGGUGGUACAGUCAAUCCUUCCACAAGCACCUCCCAAAAUGUGGGGAUACAAACUGGGCACGAAACAAAAGCUAGCAGGGUUCGGUUUGCCAGCAGCGCGUCCUGGUUCUCUACGCAGAACGUAUCCGUACAACCUUCCACAGCAUGGGAUGACAAUGGACAGAUUUCGAACAGUUAUCAAUGCUCUUGCUGUCAGCAUCAAUGCCACGCAAGAGUACCACUGAAGCCAUUGAAAAUUGUUAAAACGAGGCGUUCCUUAAAGAAUGCGGUUAAAAAAAUACUUGUCAUUCCAAAGAAUAAUGAGGAAAGACCUGCCAGCAAUCAAGUGGUAGCAGCACCUAAGACAUAUUCCUGUAGCAUUCUGUAAAGUAAUUUAUGAAAUGUGGUUUGUGAUUUAUUUUUGCCAACUGUACCACAGCGAAAGCCGAAUUAAAUCGCUUUCUGUGCUUUUUUUAGAACAUUCACGCACGUAAGUUCCAAAAGCAUCCAAUGUCGCAUUCAGUGCAUUGCCAUGUUACAGACUGUUCCGAAGUUAGCCGAGAAAAAUGAAACUUGUUGAAGACCCACAGCUAAACGGGAUAAAAUGCGGUGAAUAUGAAAUGCGCCUGCUUUCGCUUAUGUCUUUCGAAAUCGUAUACCUACUGUUCAGAAUAUAGAUGUUACUGAUUUGUGCAUGUUACAUGUUAUCACUUAUGAGGUUAAGGAGAAUUGAUGCAUGAUUUUGCUGAGCAGUUUCCGUUAAGCCUCGAGUUAAAAUUCAAUUAGUAAAUCCAAUGGAAAUUUGGUAUAUUAUCUUUAAAGGUUUCCAAAAAGAUUGGUAAAUCAAGAUGCUGGACAUCUUUAGAUCAAUACACAAUAUCACCUUAGACAUUGAGGCUAUUAAGAUUAUUAAAUAUAUUCUGUCACUGCUUUAUAAUUAGUACAUUAAAUUACGCUAAUAUUGUUCCAUUCAAGUGACUUUUGCUUGUCUCUAUGUUUUCGUAAGGGCAGUUUUCAAGUGACUUUUGUUGUGCAUCUGAAUUAGCACAAGAACCGUUCAUUAUCUGGUAAUGUAUGCCAAUGCAGAUAAUGUUUCCAUUGUAUUGCAUGGGCAUUAAAAUUAUAUCACCGCUAAGACCAAUGCCAAUAAAUGACUUAUUAAAACUGCAAUACGUACACAAAAGUG